GCCAUCUCUUUCUUCUCUGCAGAUGGGAGCACCCAGCUUUGCAGCACCCAGUGCAGUCAUCCCCUCAAACUUGGGGGGACCCCUCGGAGGGGGGCUGGGAGACCUCUUUGACCUGGCUGGAGGCGUGAGCAACUUGUCGGGCUCCCACAUUGCUCCCAAAACCGUGUGGCUCCCCGCGGUGAAAGCCAAGGGCUUGGAGAUUUCAGGGACGUUUAGUCGCCGGGGAGGUUCCCUCUCGAUGGACCUCACAUUGUCCAACAAAGCCUUGCAGGUCAUGUCGGACUUCGCCAUCCAGUUCAACCGGAACAG